CGCAGUCCAGCCCCUCAUUCGAAGCAUCAGCAUCAUGCCCGAGCCAGCAAAGUCCGCGGCCAAGAAGGGCUCCAAGAAAGCCGUCACCAAGACCGCAGGGAAAGGCGGCAAGAAGCGCCGAAAGUCGAGGAAGGAGAGCUACGCAAUUUACGUGUACAAAGUGCUGAAGCAGGUCCACCCCGACACCGGCAUCUCCUCCAAGGCCAUGGGAAUCAUGAACUCGUUCGUGAACGACAUCUUCGAGCGUAUCGCCGGAGAGUCCUCUCGCCUGGCCCACUACAACAAGCGUUCCACCAUCACCUCCAGGGAGAUCCAGACCGCGGUGCGCCUGCUGCUCCCCGGAGAGCUGGCCAAGCACGCGGUGUCCGAGGGCACCAAGGCCGUGACCAAAUACACCAGCUCCAAGUAAACAGCCCAUUUGGAGUGCUGUACUAACCCAAAGGCUCUUUUAAGAGCCACCCACCCCGUCAGUGAAAAAAGCAAAUCCAUCACAAAUGAAUGUGUAGCUAGGCUGUGUUUUUUUAUUUGUCUGCAAAACAUGCUUAACCGGUUGAAGGUAAAA